AGGUCCCACCUGCAGGAUUCAUUCUGGCCCAAACUAAUCUGCUGCCACCUCUGCAGGAGACUGCCAUGUGCUUCCCACCUGUUUUUCAUGAGACGUAUCUCUCGUUUCUUUCCCUGCUCAUCUGGCACUGCUUGGCCACCCAGGGGAGGCUGGCCUGGACUGCUGGUCAGGGAACUCGUGUUCACACUCAACAUGGAUGGAUGGCCUUUGGUAACUGGCAAGGAUGGAGUUGGUGGCAGAGCUGUUAGAGAGAGAAGCUGCCAUGUUGAUAGCAUUAGAGAGAAUGGAAGCAGGGAUGUUCGUUUGCCCAGCUAGAGAUUGAACUGAACCUGUCGUGAUAUAAAUCUGAACACAGUCGUUUGAACUCAGCAGAAUAAUGCUCACCGGCAAUCAGGGGUCCUGGGUUAUUUGAUGCAGCACUCAGAAGCGCUGACUGUAGCUGGAG